UUUGGUAUGCUGCUUAUGAGGGUAGAUUGGAAGAUGUUAAACAACAUUUAACUGGAGGAGCUGACAAGGGAUAUAAAAAUGAAGACAUAGGUGGAUGGACAGCAUUACACGCGGCUGCUGUUCAAGGAAAUCUCAAGGUCGUGCAAUGGCUAAUUGCAGAAGGUGGAAUGGAUCCCUUGGAUAAGUCAACACAGGGUGGAUACACAGCAUUACACGUGGCUGCUAAUAAUGGACAUCUGCAUGUCGUACAAUGGCUGAUUGAGGAAGGGGGAAUGAAUCCUUUGGAUAAGUCACAGAAAGGAGAAACAUCAUUACAUGUAGCAGCUCGCUGGGGACAGUUAAAUAUAACAAAAUGGUUGAUAGAAGAAAAAGGAAUGGAUCCCAUGGAUAAGACAUCUGAGAAUGGCGGAGGUUCUGUGAACAGUAAAACCUUGUCCAAUCCACCAACAAUAACUAUAUAA